CAUUAUUAUGACGUUGUUAUGGAAAAUGAUACUUCCGGUCAAACGUGCACGCACCGGUCAGUGAUCUGUAUUCUGUCAGGAACUAACAAGCAGGCAGCUGUACGGACUGGACAUUCUUUUCCCCCCUUAGUUUGUUUGAAAAUGGAGCUUAAGGAACGAAGGGCGCAGGCAACUUUAAAAGAAAAACUCUCUGAUCAUUAUCGUAAACGAGAAUUCAAUCCAUCUAAACGGGAUAUAAGCAGCUUGGGCGUUAAUUUUUUCUGGGCAAUGACAUUUUCUUUAUUCAUCAUCUCACAGUUUACUCUCAUUCCCAAUCUGUUCAGUGGUUGGUAUAUGGUUGGAAUGAUUGCUUUGGUUUGGUUCACAAUGUUUGAGACGGCCAUAAAUUGGAUGGGAAUGUAUUUUGGAAGCACAAGUUACGUGGAGAAGGAACUUAGGGCAAAACAUUUUCCAGAGGCCACAGAAACUCCCAUUGGAUGGCAAUACUGUCCGACAUGUCAGGUAGAUGCACCACCAAGAUCUUUCCACUGUUCCUAUUGCAAUGCCUGUGUUUUAAAGAGAGACCAUCACUGCUUCUUCAGCAACUCGUGCAUAGGAUUCUACAACCAAAGAUUUUUCAUGAUUUUUAUUCUAUACAUGGUUUGGGGGAAUUUAUUUGCUUUGUACCUGUUGAUAUCUUACCUGAAUGAAUUUCACCCCAUAACCUCUUACUAUGAGAUUUUUACAUUUUUUCCUUUGGUGACUAUAGCUCAAUUUUUACUCGGUUAUCUCUCCUUCUUGAAUGCAGUUGUUAUCACACAAAUUGUAUUAUGUCUUUUAUGUCUGGCCGCUGCUAUUUUUUUCUUAUUUUUUGAAAUGAUGUUAAUGUGCAAGGGUAUGACAUGUUAUGAAAUGCAUAAAACUGGACCCAUUUAUGACAAGGGAUUAGGUGACAACAUUCGGUCUAUAUUUGGACCUAUUAAAACUAUUCCUUUGCAAAUAAUAUGUCCUCUUUUCCCUGUUGAUCAACAAAAUGAUGGCUCAAAAUGGGAAAACACAAGACUUAAGGGUCAGUGAAUACACUCUAGUUGCCUCAGCUAAUGUGUUCAAACUAAAAUAUGGGGGUGCAUAAUAUUUUAUUGACAAUCAAAUUUUUUACAUACAUGUAAUAGGUGUCAUAUUCUGUGUUUUGAUCAAAUUUUACCCUAUUAAACAUUAUGUGUAUUUUCUGUAUCAAAUGUGUUGAACUGUUUUACUCACAAGAAUGGCAGUCUGACUAAUAGUCAUUGUAUGAGAUUGGUAUGCUGUUGAAUUAUUUAUUUAAAGAAGGUAUAUUUUUGAUAAACUAAAACUAUGUACCUGUAAUAGUUUUUUUUUUCAUGUGUGUAUAUUUAACUUGAAAAAAUAUCAGUAUUCUUUUCUGAACAAAUUCUGUUUUGACACUCAAGUUUAUCUACAU